AUGCGGAAUCGUACGCAACAAAUAAUCGCAAAAAAGAAAUCGACACAUCAAAGAAUCGCAAAAAAGAAAUCGAUGCAGCAAAAAGAAAUCGAUGCAGAAAAGAGAAAUCAUACCGAUGUGGAAGAAGCCGAUGGAAGGAGGAGGUGUGGAAGGAGGCGAUGUGGAAGGAGCUCUCGUGGAAUGGUGGAAAAGAGAAAAGAGACGAUGAUGAAGGAGGGUUUAGUAAUUAGGUUUUCUAUUGGAUUUCCAAUUAGUGGAACUAACUGGGACACGGGUGUUCACCCUUACCCCCUAGAACUAAGUGGAACAAGGUAUCUUUUUACAAAUCUACCCAUCGUUCUCCUCCUAUCGCAUACGCAGACCGUAUCCUUCCCCGUCGCUCCUCCAUACGCAGACGCUCCAUCUCGCCAGCGACGGAAGUUCUACCUUCAUCUCGACGAGUUCUACAGAAUGGAUCGGAACCAUCUACUUAUAGUUGUUGAAGUGUUGAAAGCUUACAUCGACUUGCUUAUACUUUUGGUCAACUUCGCAAAUUGGGUAAUUGAACAUGAACAAAGAGAUGAUCGAAGGAGAACUUUAAGACAAAGAACAUUCACUAGAUUGCAAAUUAGAUCGAUAGAAAUCCAACGCAUCACACGUGAAAGUGACAUUAUUUGUGUAAAUGAGUUGCGAAUGGAUAGGAAUGCAUUUGCUCUUUUGUGUGAGUUGCUAAAAACACGUGGUGGACUAUUAGAUGAUGGUAAUAUGACAAUUGAAGAACAAGUUGCUACAUUUGUAAACAUUUUAGCACAUCACACCAAAAAUAGAUGUCUUCAAGUUAGAUUUUAUAGGUUAGGGGAAACAAUUAGUAGGUAUGUUCAUCGAGUUUUAAGUUCUUUGUUGCGAGUGCAAGACAUUUUGUUUAGCAAACCAACUCCGGUAGAGGAUGAUUGUACCGACAGAAGAUGGAAAUGGUUUAAGGGUUGUCUAGGAGCAAUAAAUGGAACAUACAUUGAAGUGACUGCACCUGAGUCCGAUAAACCACGAUACCGAACAAGAAAGGGUCAUAUUGCGAUUAAUGUAUUAGGUGCAUGCACUCGGGACAUGAAUUUCAUCUAUGUUUUAUCCGGUUGGGAAGGUUCAGCUACCGAUUCUAGGGUACUACGAGAUGCGGUUACACGGAAUAAUGGUUUAAAAGUCUCAAUGGGUAAUUACUAUUUGGCUGAUGUAGGAUAUGUCAAUGGUAACAGAUUUUUGGCACCAUAUAGAGAUACUAGGUGUAUGACCAAUGUGUUCCCAUUCUCGUAA